AUGGCAGGCCUUUUCUCAUCUGGCACGUCGUCUGCGUCGGCGAGUAACACCCUCGGAGACUUGAAGAACGACGUCGCGCUCGCCAAUGGCCCAGAAGAUAGCAUCUCCGACAUCGCUUUCAACCCCAACCCGGCCGAUACCAAAGAUCUGUUGGCGGUAGCCAGUUGGGACAAGAAGGUCCGGAUCUACGAGAUCAUGAGCAAUGGUCAGGGAGAGGGAAGAGUCGCGUACGACCACGAUGGGCCGGUGUUCUCGGUGGACUUUUUCAAGGAUGGCACAAAAGUAAUCUCUGGAGGCGCCGACAAACAGGGCAAGGUGGUGGACCUUGCAACCAGUCAAACCAUGCAGUUUGCGCAACAUGACCAGCCCGUUCGCGCCGUUCGCUACUUCGAAAACAGCGGCACCCCCAUGGCCGUAACAGGCUCCUGGGACAAGACCAUCAAGUACUGGGACUUCCGGCAACAGACACCAGUCGGGACCGUAACGUGCCAGGAACGUGUGUACACCAUGGACGUACGAAACGACCUCCUGGUGAUAGGGACAGCCGAGAGAUACAUCAACGUCAUCAACCUGAAGGAUCCAACCAAGUUCUACAAGACGAUCACAAGUCCGCUUAAGUGGCAAACGAGGGUGGUGAGCUGCUUUACCGACUCGAUGGGCUUCGCCAUUGGUAGUAUUGAAGGUCGCUGCGCCAUUCAAUACGUCGAAGACAAGGAUGCUAGCCUCAACUUCUCGUUCAAGUGCCACCGUGAUCCCCCACAGGGCAACGUCACCAACGUGUAUGCUGUCAACGAUAUCUCUUUCCAUCCCGUCCACGGCACUUUCAGCACCGCGGGCAGCGAUGGCACAUUCCACUUCUGGGAUAAGGACGCCAAGCAUAGGCUGAAAGGGUACCCCAAUGUCGGUGGUAGCAUUGCUGCCACGACGUUCAACAAGACCGGCAGCAUAUUUGCGUACGCUAUCAGCUACGAUUGGGCCAAGGGCUACCAGGGCAACACAGCUGGGUACCCUAACAAGGUCAUGCUGCACCCGGUGCAGCCGGACGAAUGCAAGCCCAGACCCAGCGUUAAGAAGAGGUAG